AUGGAGUUCGCACUUCGGUUUAGGGUUCCCUCUUCUCUGCUCACGCACGCGAGCGAAGGAUCUACGGCUACGAUCCAACAGCCAGCAGCGUCACACGUGGAUUAUACCAUUACCGUCGAUCCGCACGAACCUCUCCAAUCAGCAUUUGACAAGCUGUUUCAGUCCCACCUGCCGCACUGCUGCCUGCCAGCUCAGCAGACACAGGAUGACGCGGAAAAGAGCAGCAGCAAGGGCGAAGAGAAGCAGGUUGUUCGAUUCAUGGCUGUUGGGCAAGUGGUGUACCUAUAUCCUUCCGUAUCCGCCGACAAGGCCAGGCUUAAAUCGGGUUCGGUGAUUAUAGUGCUGGCAGUGAAAUCAAAAUCUGCGACCGGGGAAAACGCAGGGAACACCAGCGGCAGCAACGUCGCAACUGCCGCACAAGUCGCGCCUGGUGCCGGCGCCAUACACGCGAAGUUUGAAGACCUAUCGCUGGCUUCUGACGUGAACCUCCAACCCCAGAGUUCGCCCUCCCCUGCUCCUGUGUCCGUUCCUGCACCCGCCCCGCUCCCUGCGCCUGCACCUGCUGCUGCUCCUUCCUCUCCCCCUGCUCCGCCCUCUGCCGUGGGCAACGACACUAACAGCACCACUACCGCUGCCACUGCCGCAGGCACUAACAGUGGCACCAAUGGUACCAGCGGCAACAACAGUGGACCCCGCAGCAGCGGCAGCAGCAGCAGGCAGAUGGUACACGUGGAGCACGUGCCGCUGGCCCGGCCGCACAUGGUGCACUACGUGGACGUGCACCUGCCGUGGUCGCACUCCCUCUGCGCCUGCUGCCUCCCCCGCAUGCUCCGCCCCGCCCCGCUCGUCGCCUUCCGCAUCUCAAGCCUCGCCGCGCUGCGCAAGCACCUGCAGCAGCCCGUGGUGCCCUCCAUGCCGCCCUUCCGCCUCCCCAACAAGCCCACGCCGCCCAUCCUCGCCUACUCCGCCACCGUCCCGCUCUCCGCCCCUCCCCGCCGCUUUCCAGGCUAUACCAGCAGCGCAGCAGCGCCGUCGGUGGCGCAGCAGUAUCGGUGGAAGGCGGAUGCGGCGCCUGUGGUUGCAGCAGAGGGGAUGAUGCUCGAAUGGCUGGCAGAGCCACGUGUCGGCCUGCUACUGGACCUACAGGAGAUACGGCGCCAGCUGGCAGAAAUCAUGCAGAUCAACGAACUCGCUGCGGCGCGCAGGGCAGCUAGCGCCGCACGAGGAGCCGCAGCUGCUGCUGCUUCUCCUGCUCCUGCUGCCACCGCUGACCCGUACCCUCCGUUGCUGUGGUGGUGCUGCUGGCAGUGCAGCCGCUGUUGGACUCUCUACCGCCGCGCCGUGUCCAUCGCUGCGUUCACCGUGCUUGUCGCCAAGUUCCCCCGCUUCGUCAUGCUGUGGCGCGCGCACUUGCGCUCCCCUGAGGUGGUCUUUUCCAUGAUGGCGUUUCAGUUCGGCGCGGGCCGGCAGGCGCAGGGCGACUGCUUGGCGUCGCUGCUGCUGCAGGUGCUGGGAGUGAAGGGGAAGGAACAGCUGGAAACUGGCUUUGCUGCCCACCUGCUGCCGCUGCUGCCGGGGGGAAGGGGUGCGCAUGGGCAGGCGGGGGAGGGAGGGGAAAGUCGGGGCAGUGUGGGGGGACGGGGGGAGGAGUGGAGGGAGGGGUUGAGGGGGGUGGAGUGGGAGGAGUAUGUGCGGCGCGUGGGGGAGAUUGCCGCCCAGGGAGGGCUGGCAGGCGAGCAGUACCGCUGCUGCUGCUCGCAGUGCUGCCAGGGCGAGGGAGCAGAGGGGAGGGUGAGCGAAGGGGCCUUGGGAACUCAACCCGGCAGCAGCAGUGGCAUGGUGAUAUCUGGUGCGGACCCCUCGGACUUCGCCCUCAAGUGCGGCACUCUCUUCUGCCAGCCGCUGUUCGCCCGGAGUGCUGCUCUGAUCUUUUCUGACUGUGCUGGCAGCCGCCACAAGGAGAGGGUGGAAGACGCUGCUGUGGAGGAGGCAAGGAACCGGCUGGCAGCGGGGGAGGGGAGUGGAGUACAGGAUCGAGGGAAGCAAAAAGUGGAUUCAGACGCACGAGCAACAGCUCCUGCUGCUGCUGCUGCUGCUGCUGCUGCUGGGUCUGGUUCUGCAGGCAGCUCCGGCCUUGUCCCGGUGAACAGUAACAUGGUGGUGGCACUGUUCACGUACCGAGUCACCUGCCUGCUGCGAUGGGUGCGACUCUACGGCUCCAGGGUCAACCCCGCAGAGGCCUGCACGUGCUCUGACCAGAAAAACCCAGGCCCUUCUCUUCCCCACCCGAUCCACGACCUCCCGAACCUGAUGAUCAGGUUCGGCGCCAUGCCCAAGCCUGCAGCCGCGCCAGGCCUGGAAGGUUCGGCAACGACGGUCUGGAAGGAGUUUCCAGAGGGAAACAGGGCCGCAGUGGCUAAGAUUGAGAAGGACCCCGGGGAGUUCACGGGGAUCAAGACGUUCCAGGUGGGGGCGUUUCACGGCGGCAGUGAGUUGGACAAGGAGGAGAUGCAGAAGGAGUACAACGUGAGGGAGAUUAACCUGCCCCAACCGGGUGCCUCCUCCAGUUCCACAAGCACUCUGGAGGACAACACAAGCGGUCCGUUCUUCACCACUCUGAGCCACCGCGUGGAGGAGUUUCUGAGAAGGUUCGCCCCUGCAAGGCUGGCAAGGGAGGGCAGGAACGGCCCUCUGGCCCGCGCUAUCACCUCCUGGGCUGGCCAGUUGGACCUGGAGGAUCGAACCUGGGCGGCUAUAGCUCUGGGCCCGUACUCAUUUGGCAAGAUCAAGCCGAUCCUACGGUCCACAAUCCAAGUGGAAAUCUUCAUUGAGAUGAUCGCGGGCAGCAUGUCCCCUGCGCCGGCCUGCACACGCUGCCGGCACUGCAUCCGCAGGUACGACCGGGCCGUCACUCUCUCCUCGCUCGUCGCCACCUUCGCCUACCGCCCCUCGUCCGCGCUGCUGCGCUGCAUCCUCUCUCUCUUCCCGCCGCGCUCCGCGCGCUUCAGAAAGUUCCUGGGAACUCUGGGAGUGGCGCCCAUCCCUGCGGCGGUCCCGGACUCGCUGGUGGCGGCGCUGCUGGAAGGCGUGAUAGAGGAGCAUCGCCUGCAGUUCCUCUUCUUUGGCAUUCGGCUCAUUGGAGAGGAAGGGGAGGUUGGGAACAUUCUGGAACCGGUCGGGCAGGACGGGGUGGGACAGGAAGGGGGGUUGGGGUGGCAGGGCGUGCGGGAGGGGGAUGAGGAGUGGAGGAUGUGGGAGGAGGUGGACAGCUGGCGGCGGGCGGCUAUUAUGGCGUGGCCUGCUGUGGAGGGGCGUGGGGAGGCGGGGGUGGAUGGUGGGGAGGGGAUGGAGGAGUGCUGUGCGGGCAUGGAGCGCGCGCAAGGGAGGGGACGGCCCUACUGCCCCCAGGCCCACGUGGACGCCCUUGCUGCUGCCCACGUUGCUGCUGCUGGUGCUGCUGGUGCUGCUGCCCCCCAUUCUGCCUCCCAUGCUGCUGCUACCCCUGGUGAGGGGGGUCGAAGUGGAGGAGCUGAGGGGCGCAGUGGCAAGGCAGGGCCGCGUGGCUGUGCCUCCCCGCGGUGCAGCAAGGUGGAAGGGGCGGGGGUGCAGCUGAAGCUAAGCUCACGGUGUGGCAAGGCUGCCUACUGCAGCAGGGAGUGCCAGAAGGCCCACUGGCCCUCGCACAAGCUCACGUGCCAGCCCAAGGCCAAGGGGGGAGGCGAGUCGUCAUAG